CUUUUAGUUGAAUUAUUUUACAGAUCCUCAGGCAUGGGCUCCGUUCGGCCCAGUGAGAGGAAGGCGACUUCAUCUGUAACACACCAUCAUCGACGUUCCAUUCCGCGCUCCCUCUUCCACACCACCUUGCAUCUCAUCUUCUGAAGAUCGUUGCGGUCUUGUGACAAGAGACUGUUGUAAAGACGAGACCAACAAAGCGGGCCAACGUCCGUCCACCAUUGGCUGGAAUUUGCAGCGGGAAGCGGCAUGCUCUAGGAACGUUCCUCCAGGAAACAAGCGUUCUUGAUUCGCGGAGCAGUUUUUCAAACGGUCUGCCAGAACGCCAAAGAUAGGUGAUGGCCACCCCAGGGCGUCCCGACGGGCCCGGUCGACUUCCCUCGUCGAUCAGGAUCCGGCGUCACAGAGAGCCCAACAGCUUCCAGAACCUGUCCGACGAUGAGGAUGGCGGCAGCGGCAACGGGGAGGUCGAUGCGAUGGACAAUCGGGCCAACAGCCCAGCAGGAGGAACAGCGGGGGAGCAGACGGAGGGCGGAGGUGCAGCGGAGAGGGUGGCUGCGAUGAGUGCCGCAAGGAGGAGAUACAGCAUCAGUGCAGUUGAAGCAUUGGCCUACCGCGAGAGCGCAGCGAAUCGGAGAAGGCCCGGUCAGGGCGACAGGUCACUGCCUGUUCCCCAAUUGCAACUGAACGGAGAUGCUGGUGCCGUCGGAGGAAGAGGAGGGGAGAGCAACUCGGCUUCCAUCCCAGCCAGCGAGAGCUCGCCUGCCCAGCUGGGCUCCUCUACUUCCAACGCGUCCAGGCCUCGCGCCUACUCGAGAGCGACCUUGGGAAUGGAACCCGCUCUAUCAAGGGUGUCGGAGGACCCGGGAAGCCCCACGGCUGCAGAUCACAGCAACCCUGGCUUCGAUCGUCCUUCCACGGCCGCCGCGAUCCCUACCCUUCACGAAGUCCGUUCCGCAGAAGAGGCGGCCGAGCAAGACGCGCAAGCCCCCGGUGUUCCGUCUCAAGAUCAGGGACAGACCAUGACCCAGAAAUUCCUUUCGCCCUUCACAGGUGGCAACAAGCCAGCAGAUGGUGUUGGCGAAGAGGGACAGACAGAAAAGGGCUUUGCCGCUGGUGGCGCUCUGGCCGGACUGGGUGGGCUGCUGGGCAGGAGAAAGAGCAAUGCUGGUACUGCCGGCGAAGGCAGCACCACACGCGCGAGCAACGCAGACAUUGACGAGGACACGCACACUGACGAUGUGGCAGAUUACCUCGACGUCGUGGAUCCUGAGGUGGGCGCGCUGUCCUAUCUGUCCAACAUCCAGAACUCCAUCUUUGUCCCCAACAUUCCCGCGCUGUAUGACCGGAGACCGACCCACAAUCUCCCGCGAGCGGCUCGUCGAAGAGCAUACACGGUCUCGAAUCGAGGCGAACAGAAGCAACGCGAGUCGAUUGCCUCGGCAGAGAGCAGCAGGCGCUCUGACCACAUGGCCAAUGCUAUGGAAGAAGGUCGCCCUACGGACAUCCCUGUUCGUCCUACUUAUACCGACGGGGUCAAGCCUUCGCGUACCCGUUCGGCCCUCUCGCGAAUGUCUUCCGCAGUGGGCUUUGGUCCUCGAAAGGAGGAAGAGGAGGUGGAGGAUACCUACGAUCCCGAACACAUCAAGGAAUGGAGUCAGAUGGACGAAGAGGAGCGCAACGAGCUCGAUGAACACGUCCGUCUACUCUUGACGAAGAAGAGCAAGCUGAAGCGCGGUGCCAGGGGAUUCUGGGCCUUCGUCAAGACUCCCAUGGGUUUCAUCAUGACGCUCUACGGACUCCUCAUCACCUUUUGGGGUUCGGCCAUUGUCAUUUUCAUCUUUGGCUGGAUCAAUGCCGGCCAUCGACAGCGCUAUUGGAUUGAGAUCUGUGACCAGAUUCUGUGCGCGCUCUUUGCUGCCGUUGGUCUUGGCUUUGCUCCUUUCCGAGCCGUCGACACGUAUCGGAUGAUCUACAUCGCCAAAUACCACCACCUCACCUGGGAGCGACGAAGCAAGCUGGGGCUUGGAACCCUCAACGAUCCAAACGACCUUCCACGUCCUAUAGGCGAUAAUCAAGUCCGCGAAGAGGGCGAGCAGCUAGCAAGUGAGGACGCGCAACCAGACUCUUUGAUGGACGAGCACUCGAGCAGACAUUCGAGCAAGCACAAGAGUCACAAGCGGGGACUCUUGAAUCCCAACCGUGUCAAGAUUCCCCUGGUGAUGCCGGCCUCUACCGCCCACGAUCAGACACCUUCCUCGGAGCACGAGCCUGAGACCAGUGUCACACCUGGCAGCGUACAAACUCCUGGAGGCAAUGGCGAUAGCACAAGCAAUCUGAGUGGAUCGAUGCAGGAAGCGCGACGCAAACAACUCAAGCGCAAUGACUCCAUCCAAUCCGAACUUGUCAAAGAUCGUGAGGAUAUCGUUGUUUUGACAAAGGAGGAGCAAGACAUUCUCGAGCAUCACCAACGCAAAUUCCAUGCCUCGCACACCUUCUAUCGAUAUCACGAAACGGCAACGCACCGUGCCUUCCCGCUGGAUCUCAUGAUUGUCAUUGUCUGCCUCCUCGACUGCCACAGCCUGCUGCAAGGCGCCCUGGGAGGGUGCACCUGGGGCAUCAAAUACACGCAUCGACCAACUGCACUGACUGCAACGCUCAUCUCCUGUUCGCUUUCCUGCAACGCUGUUGCGGGCCUGCUCAUCUACAUCGGAGGCCGACGGACAAAGAAGCGCGAAGAGGUCGAGAGGAGGUUGCGGAUCGCAUUGGAGAACGAGGCCAAGAACAAGAUCGAGAGGAAGCGUGCAAGGCUCGCUGCAGCCAAGGAAGCCGCUGAGGCCGAGGGCCUGCCGAUGAAUGGGAGUUUGGCCCCAUCUUCGGACGGCACGGGGAGCGAGCACAAGCGGCAUCACCACCAUAGUCCUUUCGCAGCGAUCAAGGAGGGACUACAUCACCAGAAGGAGAAAGCCCAUGGUAAACUCUCGUCGUCGAAGACUCUCGGAAGCGAAGAGGGCCUAGAGCCUGAGGCUCGGCACAGCCAGACGAGCGCCGAUCGGCUCCUGACAGACCCAGCUGCGAGCGGCAAGACUGACACGUCCAACGGGCAGCUUUCCUCCGAGUCAAACGGCGAGAAGAGCAAAGUGGCUCCCGCUCUCGUGGCUGGUGCUGGCUAGAACUCGCUCAUUAUGCAAGCACCAAGAAUGGAUGAUACUGAAGAGAUAUACCUAACCCGUCAACAUGUUUACCUUUCCAUUUGCGUAUCUUGCUCCCUUCUUUGACUUCGGAUACUGUACAUCUACCUAGCCCCCAUCCCUGAGUACCGCUCUUGCAGUCAAAGCAGUCGUUGCGCAUCAUUAAGUAUGGUAUUUGUGAAAGCGAUGCUG